CAUCACUCACACCAGAAUAAAGAAGAAGAAAAAGAAAAAGCAGAAAUUGAAAGCAGCAACAACAAUGGCUGACAACAAAGAAAUUAUUCCGCCGCAGUACGACCUCGAUGCCAAAUGGGACGCUUGCCUUGAUCUCACCGUCCGCCGCUUCGUCUACUCCUCCUUCGCCGGUGCUCUUGGCGGUCUCCUCUUUUUCAGGAGUCCUGUGACUCGCUGGGCAUCUAUUGCUUUUGGUGCUGGAGUUGGAAUUGGAUCUGCAUACACAGAAAGUUCUCGCCUGUUUGAUGGACCUCCAAGGAAGUUGGCACUACCUGAGGUCUCAGAGACUCCUAUUCAGAGUGUGCAAGAUUCUGAGUAGACGUUGUACCGGAUCCUGGUGCGAGGACAAUGAAACAUAAUUUUCGAGUGAUUAUUGAUGGUUCCCUUAGUCAAUUAUAGUUGUUGAAAAUGUUGCACUGCCAUGAUCAUAAAUUAACAUCACGCAAGGAGAUUCAUUCCCAAGCUAUUUUCUUUUUGUUCUCCUGUAAUUUUGCAGUAUGUUUAUGUGAUGAAGCAUAAAAGAAAAAAAGAAGUUUUCUCCUCA